UCAUAUCGUCAUCUGGCCAAGGAGUAUCAUCCGGACAAGAAUCCAGCGCAUGGCGAUAAAUUCAAGGAAAUCUCGUUCGCUUACGAGGUACUGAGUAAUCCGGAACGGAGGCACAUCUACGAUGCUCGAGGUCUUGACGGUAUCAAAGAAGGUGGAGGUGGUGGAUUUUCGGGUGCGGACGAUCUCAUCUCAACAUUAUUCGGUGGAUUGGGCGGGGGACAUCCGUUUGCCUCAUUUUUCGGCGGUGGCAGUGGUGGACGACGGCGAAAAAUGCGUGGCCAGGAUAUGAUCCAUACACUUAGGGUAUCACUGGAAGAUUUAUAUAACGGCAAAAAAUCAAAGCUACAGCUCUCGAGACGCGCCAUAUGUUCAGCAUGCCAUGGUCGUGGUGGCAAGGAAGGAGCAUCGCAUGAUUGCUCGGAUUGUCGCGGUACUGGUAUCAAGAAUAUUGUGAGAAAACUUGGCCCUGGAAUGAUUCAACAAAUGCAGGUGCAGUGUUCGGAUUGCAACGGAACAGGAACAAAAAUCCCGGAAAAAGAUCGAUGCAAAACGUGUAAGGGUGAGAAAACGGUGGCCGAGAAAAAGAUGCUCGAAGUGACCAUUCAGCGUGGCAUGCAUAAUGGGCAAAAAAUUGUUUUCAGAGGCGAAGCUGACCAAGAGGUUUUUGGAUCCUAA